UUUGUAUCAAAAACUAAACAUGUUCUAAAGCUCUCUCACAUUUCAAAGCUUUUUUCUCUUCAAUCUUUUCCCUCAAAUAUCUAGAUUCUUAAUUUUACCAGAUCAUAUAUGAAUGUGCGGGUACGAUAGUAGAGUCGAACUGAUCUGAGCGAUGAUCACGGUAAUCAUUUCUCGCACUUUGUAGUUCAAUUUAUUUGAAUUUCGGUUCAUUGUUUUUAUUUUUGUUUACAUUGUGUCUUCUUUGUAAAAAAAAACAACAUCAAUCAUGACUCAACCAUCAGCUGAUAACGUAAUUAACAAUCAAUCAUCCGACGAUGCCAACGAAAAAAUCAAAGAACAAAAAAUACUUGACAAUUUUGCAACACCAUUAGUGGGACAAUUUCUUAACCUACCCAAAGAGCCGGUAGAAAUAACUUGUCCGGCAUGCCAUAUCCGCGCGCCAUCUGACGUCGUGCAUGACCUCAAAUGGUAUACUGGCACAAUCAAUGGAAUCUAUUCAUUUCUCUUUAUAUUGGGCUGUUGUUGUUUCUGGCGAAGUUUCUCACAUCCAUGUCGGCACACCGACACGAAUCAUUACUGCAAGAAUUGCGGCUGCUACUUUGGGCGCGUAAUGAAACCAAAAAAAUAUCUAAAGAAUUCAAAGUGAUUUUACUCGAGUUUUGCAUUUUUUUCAUUUUCUGUUUUAUUUUUUUAUAUUUUUUUGUAGUAUACACAAAUCGAAAAUAAAUGAAUUUAUUUUU